CCCGCCACAAGGCUCACCAAACACAGAAGCAGAGAGAGAGCAGUGGGAAAUUGUGGGGUAGGUAAGGAGUGGUGGGUUGGUACUGAUUUUUCUAUAUCUUAACAAAAUUGCCCACAGAAUUGCUUCAUUUCAAAUCUCAAUUUCCACCUUCUUGUCAACCCUUCCUCCUCUUCUUCCAUGGCCGCCUCUCUCUCGUCUAAAACAUUUCUUGGUUCUUCCAGAACCGAUGGCUUCUCUGGAUUCGGCUCUCGUUCUUCAGAUCUCUCGAAGCUCUCCUUUUCGGCUGUUAAAAUCUCAGUCGGAACUCGAAACGCGAAGAAGCUCCAGAUAAAGGCUGCUGGAAGUACAUUUGGAAAUUACUUUCGUGUUACAACCUAUGGAGAAUCUCAUGGAGGAGGAGUUGGGUGUGUGAUUGAUGGAUGUCCUCCACGCUUGCCGAUUUCGGAAGCUGAUUUGCAAGUGGAACUUGACAGAAGGAGACCAGGUCAGAGUAGAAUUACCACUCCAAGAAAGGAGACUGAUACAUGUCGGAUACUUUCAGGAGUCACUAAUGGACUAACUACUGGAACACCAAUUCAUAUCUUUGUACCAAAUACCGAUCAGAGAGGACAUGAUUAUAGUGAAAUGUCAAUAGCGUAUAGACCUUCACAUGCUGAUGCCACUUACGACAUGAAAUAUGGCAUUCGAGCUGUUGAGGGUGGUGGUAGAUCUUCAGCCAGGGAAACCAUUGGAAGGGUUGCCGCUGGAGCUCUCGGUAAGAUAAUUCUGAAGCGCCUAGCAGGAACUGAGGUACAUGCUUAUGUAUCUCAAGUCUACAAGGUUGUCCUGCCAGAGGGUGUGGUUGAUCAUGAAACUUUGUCAAUGGAGCAGAUCGACAGCAACAUAGUCAGGUGCCCAGAUCCUGAAUAUGCUGAGAAAAUGAUUGCUGCCAUUGAUGCUGUCCGUGUGAAGGGAGAAUCGGUUGGUGGUGUUGUCACAUGCGUUGUGAAGAACUGUCCACCUGGGCUUGGCUCACCAGUGUUUGACAAACUUGAAGCUGAGUUUGCUAAAUCUCUACUGUCCUUACCCGCAUCAAAGGGCUUUGAGAUCGGCAGUGGGUUUGCAGGCACCUUUUUAACUGGCAGCGAACAUAAUGAUCCAUUCUAUAUAGAUGAAAAUGGAAGAAUUAGAACAGUUACCAACCGAUCUGGUGGAAUACAGGGAGGUAUAUCUAACGGCGAAAUCAUAAGCAUGAGGGUAGCUUUCAAGCCAACAGCUACCAUUGGGAAAAAGCAGAAUACAGUGACCAGAGAGAAGGAAGAGGUUGAGCUGAUUGCCCGUGGUCGUCAUGACCCCUGCGUCGUCCCAAGAGCUGUACCAAUGGUUGAAGCUAUGGUAAGUCUAGUGCUUGUGGACCAGUUGAUGGCUCAACAUGGACAAUGCAAUCUGUUCCCAAUCAACUCAGAUCUGCAAUCACCCAUCAAACCGAGAUCCGAAGCUUCGAAAUCGACCGCUUGAACAAAAGCUAUUGUUACACAAACAUCCUAUAAGCUUUGAUCUCAAUCUUCAACUUUUUUCUGUACACUUGUGCUCAAUUUUUUGUUGUUCUCCCAAAAGCAAGUUAAUAUGGUAGAGUUGUUUCAUGCUUACCCUUGAAAUUUAUGAGACCUCAAAGUUUUGUAAUAAAGGGAAUAAAUAAUUUGAAUUGUGAUAUUGUUUCA